AUGGGGCCAAAAAGCUUAGAUGAUCUUGUAAAUACAAAAUAUCAUAUUUAUGCGAUUAAAGGUGACCAACAGAUUGAUAUUGCCAGGUUUCUUAUUUUUUCUCCAAAUCUUCAAUUUAAUUUAAGGUCAAAAAAUGAACUUGAGAGCCAAGAAAUAUUGGGAUAUACAAAAAUUCUUUUGAGCAAAAUAAUCGACCAUGGAGCCAAUUUAGGCCUAUUGGAUUUAAACUGUGAUAUUGAGGCUGACUGUUACAACCCUACUGAAAAUUUGAAAAAUAAAUAUCAAAAAAUGUUAGAAAAUGGAACGUUCUCUGAUUGCGUUAUUAAGGUUCGCGAACGACUUAAAGAAAUACCGGGCCCAAGACGACGCGCGGCCAUAACGGCACAAAGCCAUAACUUGCUGGAAAAUGUCUGGCCCUUCUUAAUUUUGGUAUCAUUUUCCAUAGCUCGAUCAGGGGAAUCGUUUUAUACUAAAUUUGGUAAGAUUGGAAAAUCUUGA